CUGAGCGAGUGUCUGUCUGUGGCUCUGCAGGGGGAGAAGAAUGCCGGCUUCGACGUGCUCUACCACAACAUGAAGCACGGUCAGCAGGCAACCAAGGAGCUGGCCGAGUUUGUCCGAGAGAGGACUUUUGCGCCCAUGUGGGACGUGUUCAGGGUGUCCUCAGACAAACUGGCCCUCUGCCACCUCGAGCUGAUGAAAAAGAUGAACGAUCUCAUCCGCGACAUUAACAAGUAUGGAGAUGAGCAGGUUAAAAUUCAUCGUAAGACGAAGGAGGAGAUGGUGGGGACGGUGGAAGCAGUGCAGGCACUGCAGGUUCAGAGCGGUCACCUCCAGAAGUCAAAGGAGGGGUACCACACAAAGUGUUUGGAGCUGGAUCGGCUCAGGAAGGAGGUGGCACCUCAGAAAGAGCUGGAGAAGGUCGGUCACCACUCACCGGCCUCCUUCAAGUCGUGGCUGCUGUUGUUUGAAAUGUUCAUCUUCCUUUCUGCGGAGCUGAAGUCUAAGAAAGCAGCUGAGUCUUUUGCGUUGUGCAUCGAGAAGUACAACCGUGUGGGAGGAGAGUUUGAACAGAGGAUGAGCGAGUCCGCCCAGAGGUUUCAGGAAAUUGAGGAGGCUCAUCUGCGGCAGAUGAAACAGCUGAUCAAAGGUUACUCCCACUCCAUAGAAGACACCCACGUCCAGGUGGGACAGAUGUAUUAUGAACUGUUUAAUGAAUCGCCCGGUUCUGCUCGACUGCAGGUCCACGAGGAGUUCAAGCAGAAUGUGGAAAACAUUGGCAUCGAUAACCUCAUUCAGAAAUUUGCUGAGCUGAAAGGCACGGGCAAAGACAGGCCAGCACUGGCCGGAUUUGAAGAGUACAUGACGGCUCUGGCUCCCGAAGGUGGGAAAAAAAGUCGAGCCAAAGCCUUCAGGAUCCCCGGUCUCAGCAAGAGGGACAAGGAGCCAGAUUCUACAGAUUCAGCUUUAACAGAGGGACUGAACUCCCCACUGGAAGUGGACGAUGAGGGCUUUGUCAUCCGAUCUGACAGCACUCACAACGAUAUCCUUUUUCUGCUCCUGCACCUUCUCUCUGGCUCCAGCAUUCGUAGAGAUGUGUCUGUUGAGAAGGAGAGCAACUUCUACUCCAGUGACUCAGACUUUGAUGACGAGGAGCCCAAAAAGUUCCACAUCCAGAUCCGACCCGUGGCCAGCAGCAGUCGCUGCAGUUCAGUCGCUACAGAGAAGGAGCUGAAAGCCACCGUGGGGACCCUCACCCUGCCGCCCAACAGAGGACUACGCCAACAGGUCGGGCCUCCUUCUGCCCAGCCGCUUCUAACCUUCAUUUGUUAUGUUAAAGGGGAAAGAGACAACAAGUAUCAGCGAAGCGGCAUCUGUCCAGAAACUCAAGCACUGCAGGAGGUCGAUCAGAAGAUGGUGAGGCUGCCUCUCACAGAGAGCGUGCUUCAUCACCAGCGCGUUCGUUAUCUGUCAGCGGGUCAGGAAGGAGUGGGAAGGGCGGCCUGCCGCAGUCCAGCAGCGGGGAGCCUGUGCCUCUCACAUCCAGAGGCGGCGGGCGGGAUUAAUGAGCAGCAUCUGAUUAGAGCCGUGGCUCUGCUGCCAACGGGAGCGGCAUCUACAGCUCAGUCAGCGCCGGCUAAUUGCUGGUAUGGAGAGCAGGAGGGCCUACGCAGGUCCACCUCCAGCCCUGAUCACAGCAGGCUGAGUUCUACAGCAUCUGGCUCAGACAGUCUCUUUGGACCUCCCCUGGAGUCAGCCUUCAAGUCCAAAAGCUUCGACAGCCGCGAACAGCUCAGAGAGCAGAAUGCAUUUGGUACUUCUGAAUAUGCUGCCUUCUCGUCUGAUUCCUCUUCACCGGAGAAUGUGGAAGACUCGGGCCUGGACUCCCCUUCCCAUCAGCCCCUCGGACCCUCUCCUGAGCCGGUGGGCUGGGCAGCCUGGCCUCCCGUGUCCCAGAAUAAAGAGCAGACACAAGCACUGGGGCGGCCGGUGGACCCUUUCCUCUCCACUUUCCUGGACUCUUCUCCUCGACCGAGCCCAAACCCGCAGGACGCCGGCGCCUGGUCCGUCGCCUCCUCGCGUCCAACUCGCGCCCUUCCAGACAUGGAGGCUUCAUCUGUGCGGUUCCCUGCGUUCUCUCAGUCCCUCCACCCACCGGAGAUGGAGUCGUCCGUGUGGAGCUGCAAACACAUUCCGCCCGAAGACCCUUUCCUCGCUGCCUUCGAGAGGACGGUCACCCAGGAGACAUUAAACCUGUCCGACGCCUGGGCGUGCCCACCGCCUCGCCCCUCCCAGGAGGGCCGGGGAAAGGAAGUACGCGGGGACCCGUUUUCCGUCUCCCUCUCUGACACCAAGACACUGCCAGCCCCAUCCUCUUCGUCGUCAUCGUCCUCCUCCUCCAAUCGUAAAGAAAAAGAGAGGAGGCGCGACCGAAGCCUCCCCCCUCCCAUUGCCUCCGACGACCCGUUUGCGAUCACUAUGAUCGGCAGUCCGACGCACCAGUCGUCGCUGGCCGCGGCGGCGGGGCCGGUGCCUCAGUUGACCUCCAGCAUCAGACCGGGUACUAACGCCGCCUCCAGCUCUUUGCCCUUAUCUCAGCCAAAGAAGGAGCUCAAGCACUGGAACUCGGUCCACAACCCCUUCAGCGAAGGCGGCGGCGGCUCCAGAACGCUGGACGGAGCAGGAAAAGGAGACGGAGAGAGUAGAAAACACCGAUCGUCUGAGAGAGAGCCCCGCAGGAACGCCCCCCCCCUCACCAGGCACUCGGGACCUCAGGAGGACCUGUGUUUUUCCACAGAGAAAGACCAGGACUGUCUGGACCUGAGCACUCAGAUGACGUGCAACGUCAGCUCUCACAAGGGUUCCAAACAUAACUUCAGACAGGACCCGGCUGAUGUUGUGCUGGCUGCUCCUCAGAGAGCGACCCGGGCCAGGAGGACGUCGGGCCGACUGGGCGGCAGUGAGAGAUCCAGGUCGCUGUGCUCUUCGCCCAUGCUGGAGCCCUGCCCUUCCCUCACCUCCUCGUCCUCCUCCAGCCCCAGCGAGUGGGGGCCCCAGGCCAGAGAGGGCGAGUGGGGGGCGCAGCACCGGGCAGCCAGUCCGGCCAGGGCGGGGCAGGCCUCGCCCCUGCCCUACCAGCACCAGGACCACCCGCCCAGACAGCUGCACCUGUCCAGAGGUCCCAGCCCCAUUUCCCUCAGCACUCAGGAGGCCUGGCCGGUCGCUGCCGCCAUAACCGAAUAUAUCAACGCCUACUUCAAAGGCGGACAGCACAACCGCUGUCUGGUGAAGAUCACAGGCGACCUGACGAUGUCUUUCCCAGCGGGGAUCACCCGCAUCUUCACCGCCAACCCCAACGUUCCCGUGCUCAGCUUCAGACUGGUCAACAUCUCCAGGAUCGAUCACUUCCUGCCCAACCAAAAGCUGCUCUACAGGUCGGUCAGCCGCCCUCCGAGCGACCCCUCCCAGAGCGACCCAGACUCCAGAGACUUCUGGUUCAACAUGCAGGCUCUGCAGCUCUACCUGCAGAGGGAGGCUGAGCUCAACCCCCAGGCCUCCUACUACAACGUGGGCCUGCUCAAAUACCAGGUGUCGUCUCAGGAUCCGGGCCGGGCCCCUCUCCUGCUGUCUGCUGAAUGCCAGCGGAGCGGCACGGUGACCCGGGUGUCCCUGGACUACCACUGCUGCCCCGCCACAGCCCCCUCCACCCAGCUGACCGCCGUCCAGGUGCUGCUGCCCCUGGACCACACCGCCACCGACCUGCAGUGUCAGCCGCCGGCCUCCUGGAAUGCCGAAGAGCGACGGCUGCUGUGGAAACUCCCCAAUCUCUCUCCGACCAACCACAGCAAAGGCUCAGGGACUCUGUGUGCCAGCUGGCAGUGUCUGGAGGCCCCCCGCGGCCCCCCGCCCAGCCUGGCUGUGCAGUUCGUGGGCUCCGGGACCUCGCUGUCGGGCAUGGACGUGGAGCUGGUGGGCAGCCGCUACCGCAUGUCGCUGAUCAAGAAGAGGUUUGCCACAGGGAAGUACAUGGCGGGCUGCUCCUUGUGAAUGGCGCACAGGAGCUGAUGUUCUGAGGACCAGGCUGAGAGAGCUUAGCACUUUUUCAACGUUCCAGUGGAGAGGCCGCUCUUGUUAAAGCAAAGCUGCUGGACUCCGCCGCAGCCCCGCUGUGGAGGACCACGUGCACUUACUGCUGACUGUCCGGCUGCUUCAGGACCAAGCCUUUUUCUUUUUUUCCUUUUCCUUUUCUAAGUUUGUUGUUGUCCAUUUCCUCUUCUCGUAUAUAAAAAAAAAGAAAAGAAAACUAAGCUAGAUAUCUGAACAUUUCUUAAAUUACAGAGAAAGAAAAAGAAGUGUGAAACAUAGUGAAGCGUGUGACAGUUUGGAGCAAAGUUGCCAUGGAAACUAGGAUUUUUAAAUGAUGUAAAUACUGUAUUUCUGUAUUAUCCUAAAUGUUCACAAAAUCCAUUUGUGAGGGAAAAAAACCUACCAAACUGUAAAAAAAAAAAAAAAAAAGAACUGUUUGUAUAUCUGACAUUUGUUCUUAUAGUUUUUGUGAUGUUGAUUUUUUUGGAUUAAAAAAUUAAUCAUUAAUAAUAAUAUGAUAAUAAACACUCAAAUAUUU